AACAUUUGAAAAAUAAACAAGUGAUUAACCUAACUAUAAACUAUCUAUUGUAAUGUAAACAAACUAUUGUUAAUGUAGUAGUAUUAGUCGUAUUGGUCCUGAAGUUUAAAUUUUAUUUGGUCCUUAUAUUAUAAUAAAAUUUUAAAACACUCUUAUAUGAUUAUGAAGAUAUUUUCUGUUUUCUGCAAUGAUUCGAGCCUAUAGUAUUGCUAUACACAGGUGUUGCUAAAAAAUUGCUACAACUCGGAGUUAAGUCACUCUUACGAAGAAUAUUUCUGUGUCCCAAAUGAUUUAACAUUGUGCAAAACCAGGCUGAGAAACUGAAAGAAUGGAUCUAGAUGUGAGCAGGUGUGUGGACUGCUCACCCACGCCAACCAUAUUUACUACCACAACCACAGAUGAUCCUCCCUCUUGUGUAUCACCGGAAGGAUCUGCUGAAGAGAUUGAUCUACCCACUAACGCUAAUGGUCUGGCCAGGAUGUACGAGUGUGUACUGAGUCCCUAUGAGCUAACAUUGGACAUAGACCAUCAACCAAUAUGUUACCACAGUCCACAGCUGAUUAGAAACAAAAAAGAAGGUGAUGCCGAGAGCAUAACGGCAAUUCUUAUCAAUCUACGAUCUAACACCGAACUUUAUAAAACGAACAAUAUGUGCAGAUUUUGUAUGGACACAAUAUCUGAAGACUGUGUUGAGAUUUUUGGAAAUUCUGAUGAAGCAGCCGAGCUUAGAAGAAUAUAUGAAGAACUUAUGCCUUUUACAGUAAAUAUCUGUGAUGAAUUUCCUCAUAAGAUAUGUAGAACAUGUAUACAGGAUCUUAAGACAUGCCAUACGUUGAUGGAGAAAUUCAAGAAAGCCUAUCGUUGCCUUCAACAUGUUGCCAAAUAUUCUUUAUUUGUUGAAAAUGAUGAUGUCACCGAUGCCAAUAGUGAUCCAGUAGAAUUACCCUGCAAUGAUGAGGGGAUAAUUCAGCCAGACGAGCAGAAGCAGUUACUGACGUGUGAAAAUCUAAUUGGACAUGCAUUAAAAUUCAAUGAAGGAAUGAAAGUAGAAGAUGUACAACAAUAUGAGUUUGUUAAUUGUACACCAACAUUGAACCAUUUAGAUACAAAGGGAGAAGUCAAUAUAACCUUAAACCAAUUUGAUAAAGGUUCAGAAAAAAGCAUACUUUCAAACCAGGUGCCACUUCCAGAAGAAGUAAAGAGUUUAUAUAAAUGUCGAGAAUGUUCAAGAAUGUUUAAUAGUUGCUCAAUCUUGGCUAAACACAUUAAAACAAGCCAUAGAAAAUUCAAGAAGUUUUCUUGCAUAGUUUGUUCAAAGCGGUUUAAUAGUUCAAAAUUGGUUUCAGAGCACCAUAAAGAAGAGCAUGCGUUCUUCAAAAUUGUUUGUUCUAUUUGUGAUGGGAUAUUUGACACAGAACAUGAUCUCAACAGUCAUCAUGAAACAAACCAUAGGCUCAAGCAUAUUAUUCAGUGCAAUGAAGCCUUUUACGAUGAACAAAACCCAAGUAGUCACUUUGGUUACAAGAAUAAUACCACUAUUAUUGAACGCAUUACUUAUGAAAAAGGUAUCGAAGCUUUGUACAGUGGGAAAAUUCACGAAAUGAAUCAAGACUCUUCCUGUGACCAAGAAAUCUGUUAUGUGUGUGGUGCUGUUCUUAAGAACAACGUAAGUUUCAAGAAGCAUAUGGAAAAACAUGAAAAUAAAACCUAUCACUGUGAUAUCUGUGGUAAAACGCUGAACACUCUCAAUGCUUUCUGGAGACAUAAGAGAUUUCACAAGCCAGAGUGUAAGGAAAAAACCUUUUUGUGUCAGUACUGCCCAAAAAUAUUUAUGCAGAAAAAUACGUUAGAGAAGCACCUUUUCGUUCAUUCUAAAGAAAGACAGUUUUACUGCGAGUUCUGUGGGGUCGGAUUCAACCACAAGCGGAAUUUCGUACAGCACAUGCGGAGACGUGAAGAGUUAGGCGGGAUCCGCUGUCCGCGUCAAAAGAAAAAAAAAGAUGGUAAUUCUGGUGUAUCCAAAAAGGUAGCUACAAAAAGAACUGUCCCCAAGAAAGAAGAUCUGGAAUGUGAUGUAUGCCAAAGGAAAUUUAUUAAAGUGGCGAAUGUUAAGAGGCAUAGAAGGUACCAUUUCUGUCCGAAAGGUGAUCCAGAAAUUAUUGACAAGUUGUUGAAUGAACCGGAGAUUCACAAGUGCGAUGUUUGCGGAAUGAAAUUGUUUUCGAGAGUGGCGUUACAGAACCACAAGAGUAAACAUACAGGCUCUACAAAGCCCUUCCAGUGCGAGUUUUGCAAGAAGUUUUUCUGCAACUACAGCAUGCUCUACAACCACGAGAGGAGUCACACGGGGGAAACACCAUUUCUGUGCCGGCAUUGUGAUCGAGGUUUCGGAUCAAGGCUUAAGCUGGAGGUUCACGAAAUGGAGCACACCAAUGAGAAGCCCCACGAGUGCGAAAUCUGCCACAAAACAUUUAAAGCUCGGAAAUAUCUCACCACCCACACACGUAUACAUAAAGAUGCUGCUUCAAUCAGGCCUCAUCAAUGCACACAGUGUAACAGAGGAUUUAUGACUGAGGGAAAUUUAAAGCAGCAUGUUGAGUUGAUUCAUAAAAGUGGACAACAAGAUGAAAAUCAAUCCUAUGCCUGCACCAUGUGUGAUAAAAUAUUUGUAAAGAAAGAAAGCGUACAAAAACACCUACAGAAGAAACAUGAAGUUUUUGAAGAAAAACAAAGUGAAGCUAAAAUGCAAGUGGUGGAAGAUGAAUCUGGAAAAGUGUUAUAAACUCCUUCUAGAUGAAUAAAUCAAUAACUAUUGGUUAUGAAGUACAAGACUGUUUUCAUAGUUUCUCCUAUUGUAGAAUAUACAUGUAAACAU